GAAGCUUUCCUCAUUUCUCUCACAAACGUCAACCGGAGAACAGCUGUAGCUGCGAAUUACGUACGAAAAGGAAGGCCAAACACCACACGCACAAAAUAUACGAAAAAUGAUUGCGCAAAGUGUGAUUAGCAAACUGAUGAGUCCUUGUGCUCGCCGCUUGGCCAGCAGCAAGGCUGCGGCACCCAAAUUCAACUGGCAGGAUCCGCUCAAUCUGGAGAGCCAGCUGACCGAAGAUGAGGUGGCCAUACGCGACGCCUUCCGCGGCUACUGCCAGGCGGAGCUGCUGCCGCGCGUGAAGAUGGCCAAUCGACUGGAGCAGUUCGACAAGAAGAUCAUGGAGGAGAUCGGCAGUUUGGGCGUGCUGGGCUGCACCCUCAAGGGCUACGGCUGUGCCGGAGUGUCCAGUGUGGCCUAUGGCCUGCUCACCCGCGAAGUGGAGCGCGUAGACUCCGCCUACCGUUCGGCAGUGAGUGUCCAGAGCUCGCUGGCCAUGGGCGCCAUCUAUGACUACGGUUCCGAGGAGCAGAAGCAGAGAUAUUUGCCAACCAUGGCGCAGGGCAAGCUGAUAGGGGGCUUUGGCUUGACCGAGCCGAACCAUGGCAGCGAUCCGGCUGGCAUGGAAACCAAUGCCAAAUACGACAGCAAGACAAAGACGUACAUCCUGAAUGGAUCCAAGACAUGGAUCACCAGCGCCCCCAUUGCCGAUGUCCUGGUUGUGUGGGCCAAGUGCGAGGAUGGCAAGCUGCGCGGCUUUCUGGUGGAUCGCAAGAUAUCCGGCAAGGGCCUGGACACUCCCAAGAUCGAGGGCAAAUUCUCGCUGCGUGCCUCGCCCACGGGCAUGAUCCUGAUGGACGAUGUGCGCGUGCCAGAGGAGCAGCUGCUGCCCAAUGCCAUCGGAUUCAGUGGACCCUUCAACUGUCUGAACAACGCCCGCUAUGGCAUCGCCUGGGGUGCGCUGGGCGCCGCCGAGGCCUGUGUGGAGAUAGCCCGUCAGUACACACUCGAUCGCAAGCAGUUCGGACGCCCGCUGGCGGCGAAUCAGUUGAUCCAGAAGAAGCUGGCCGAUGCCACCACAGAGAUUGCAUUGGGCCUGCAGGGCUGCCUGCAGGUGGGUCGCCUCAAGGACCAGAAGCUGCACACACCCGAGAUGAUCUCCCUCCUGAAGCGCAACAAUGCGGGCAAAUCGCUGGACAUUGCCCGCCAAAUGAGGGACAUGCUGGGUGGCAAUGGCAUCAGCGAUGAGUACCAUGUGAUCAGGCAUGUGAUGAACCUGGAGUCGGUCAACACCUACGAGGGCACCCACGACAUUCACGCUCUGAUACUCGGACGUGCCAUCACCGGACUGGCGGCCUUUGCCAACUGAUUUCAGUUGCGAUUUGAAGGGGUAGAACUGCAUUUACAGAAUCGUUAGAUUGUUACGUGUCCUAUGGAAUAAAUGUAUCUUUGUCUAGAA